AUGGUGCAAUGCAAGAACUGCAUCGAGACCCCGCAUCCUUCCAUCGUGACAUUCCCAGCUUUGUCCGAGCAAUGUCUCCCACUGCUCGAAGCACUGUGCGCGGCAUAUGAUAUCCCCACCCAAUCUGGAUUCUUUGACCCGGCAAUGCUGGUGGAGCAGCAAUGUUCUCAGUUUAUCUGUAUCCGGAGCAAAAUUCUAUUUGGCAAGACAGAGCUCGAUGAGGAUGAAAUGAGGCUGCUGAUUCGCACGAUAAUCAGGGAGAGCUUGAGGAGGUUGGUAAAGUUGAUGGAGAGCUUGAAAGAUUCCUUAUUGUUGGGGCUGGACAAUUCACAUUCGGACCAUCGGAAUGGAGCUUCGACAUUCCAUGCUUACAAAUCUUCCGUGGAGUCUAUCAUGAGCCAGUUGGUGGUGCUGAAGGAGGCUCUUGACGGUGAAUCCAAUAUUGUCCCGUUAGCUUGA